ACGAUCACAUGACCCGCGGUGACUCGACGGAUUGUUUUACCGUAUGAAAAAUCCGAUCACGAAGCGAGGUCCGAGGCGAGACUCUCAAAAUCGGUUGUUUGUCUGUUUGAAAAUCACUGAGAGUGACCUCCGGUUGUUUAUCCAAUUGCGCCGCACUCGACGUACAUCGUCUCAGAGUCAGUAAGUUGUAAGCAUUCCUCGAGUCAAGAUGCAAAGACUGAUCGUAUGGAGCUUCGUCUUUCUGACGCUCGUCGCCUCAGCCCUUGCUGUUCAGGGCGUGAAAACGAGCGGAGGGCGGAAAAUCGGCGGUAUAAAUUCUGCCAAUUCGGUAGCAUCGAACAACACCGGACUUUGCUACAUGAGAGUUCCGUACAGUCAUUGGGUAGCUCUUAACGGAACGAAUACAACAAGUCGCCCGGUAUCCCCAUUGCCGAGGUAUCCUUCCGCGCAAGGCAAUCAACCCUGGGUGACGCUGGUUGACUGCUGUGAGGGUUUCGUGCGAAACGGUACAUCGGACAACUGCAUUGCUCACUGUGAUCGUGGCUGCGAGGGUGGACGAUGUACGGGGCCGAACAUUUGCUCCUGCGAGCCGGGCUGGGCGGCUGAAAACGGGGUGUGCAAGCCGGUAUGUUCGCGGCCAUGCCGUCCCCACGCCUACUGCUUUUCUCCUGAACAAUGCAUUUGCCAACUCGGCUACAUAUCCGACGGAAACGAUCAGUGCAUACCCGUUUGUCCCGGCGGCUGCACCAACGGCGACUGCAUCGCACCAAGGACAUGUCGAUGUAAACCUGGUUACACCCUGACUGACCUGAACCAGUGCGUUCCCACUUGCGAGGGCGGCUGUCCUCACGGCGAAUGCACCGCUCCUGGCGUUUGUACCUGCUACACAGGGUACGUGAAUCCACCAGGUGAGACGGAGGCUUGUAUCGCGCACUGUCCCAAUGGCUGCUUGAACGGUGAGUGCACAUCUCCAGGAGUUUGUACAUGCAGGCCAGGGAUGACUCGGGACACCAGCGGGAGAUGCGUCGCUGAGUGUGAAGGUGGGUGUCCAAACGGCUACUGCGUGGGGCACAACAGGUGCGAAUGCAACUCCGGAUUCGUGCUCAAUCCCGCGACGGGGAAGUGCUCCGGUACCUGCCAGUAUCCUUGUUUGAACGGAGAGUGCACCGGAGCCAACGUCUGUACUUGUAAACAAGGCUACGUCCUCGAUACUUCCGAUCCGACCCGAAGCCGUUGCAUCGCAUCUUGUCCCGGUGGGUGUCCUAACGGUGUCUGCUCUGGACCAAACUUCUGCAUCUGUAAUCCUGGCUACAUCAAAGACCGCAGUGUCAAGGGACGUCAGCGUUGCGUGCCCCGGCGUCUUCUUUGCGCUGAGAGUGGCAGUACGAAUGCGGGUGUUUUCUUACCACCUUCGAAGAGUAGACUGAGCAACAUGACAGUUGGAGUAAUUUUCUCAAUCGCGAUCGCAGUUCUUACGAUAUGUAUCGUGGAUGGUGAUAAACUGAAGGGUGAUAGGGACGCGAUAUGUAUACGGACUAUCAGUAAGAACGAAUCCCACUACGUUCCAUACUUAGAGACGUACAGACAACACAUACUGCGAGGCUAUCGCGUCAGGGUUCGUACGAACUUCAGACAGGAGUACCACACUACCUACUCAACGGAGGCAGCAUGCUGCGAAGGUUACAGCAACGUGAACGAGGUGUGCAUACCAGUGUGUUCGGGUUCGUGCGAGAACGGAAAGUGCGUAAAGCCGGAAGUGUGCGAAUGUGAUAUGAACUACAAGCUGGAUUUUUUCGGUCAGAAGUGCGACCCGGUCUGCCGAUCCUCCUGCAAUUUCGGAAGCUGCACAGCACCGGAUGUCUGUACCUGCAACGACGGCUACAGACCAACGGACGUCUGGCACAACUGCGAACCAGUCUGCUCCUUCGAGUGCAAGAACGGUUACUGCGUCGAACCGGAAAUCUGCAGUUGCCACGAAGGCUACGAGAAGAACAGUACCGCAGAGUGCCUUCCGGUAUGCGAACGACCUUGCGUAAACGGUCAUUGCGUUGCACCGGAUUCAUGUCGGUGUGACGACGGCUUCCGGAAAACUCAGAACGACGUUUUUGCCUGUGAACCAAACUGCGAUCCACCCUGCGUUUUCGGCUCCUGCACCGCCACCGACGUCUGCACCUGCGACACAGGCUACGCCAUAGUUCCUGGAUCGAAUUCCACCUGCACUCCGGUCUGCAACCAGACCUGCGUUUUUGGGACAUGCAUUGCCCCCGACACGUGCUCGUGUAUCGAUGGAUACGUGCUGAGCACCCGAUCCAAUUACCUUUGCGAGCCGGUCUGCGAGGAGGAGUGUCAUCAAGGAAGGUGCGUCGCUCCUGAGGUCUGCGAGUGCAUCGAUGGUCACGUUAUGAAGGGGUCUAGAUGCGUGCCCUCCUGUGAUCCCGAGUGCGUGAAUGGAAUCUGCGAUAGUCCCGGCAUCUGCAAGUGUCUUCAGGGCUUUGUCAAGGGCAAUGAUGAAAACUCUACCGUCUGUCAAGCUUUCUGCGAAAAGUGCGUCAAUGGAUCUUGUAUCGCUCCAGGAGAGUGCCAGUGCACUUUUGGCUUCAUCAUGGACUAUAACGACCCCGGAACCUGUAUCAAGGCCUGUAUUCCCGAGUGCGUCAACGGUUUCUGCACCGCCGAAGGAUGCCAAUGCCGAGAUGGAUGGGGAGGUCAAUCCUGCGCGGAGUCUCUCAUCUGCUUUGUCAGACAACCGAUCGAGGACGAGGUCCUCAAAAUAAACAGCCAAAUCGUCUAUGAAUACGAGACGCUCAAUGCCGUUCAAAAUGUCGAUCAAAAUUCGACGGGAACGUCGUUUGAGAGACCACCGUGCAGCGAACGGUGCAUCGCUGAGGUUGAGAACAGCGUUGACAACUUUACUGAUCAUUUGCGGAAAGAAGUACUGUACUUUUUCCUAUUUGAUUCACCGUGCAACGUUGUAUCGGCCCAGACUAGUAUCUCCAAGAUUUACGCCAGCGUGAUAGGCGGGGUGAUCGGUAUCAUACUGUGCUCGGCUGCCGUCUACGUUCUAUAUUUAACGAAGUUAAUGCGGAAGCCAAAGUCACCGAGUAACCCUCUUUCCGCUCUGAUUUCAUGGCUGGUCCCAAAGAAUGCGUAUACGUGGAAGAAACGGAGGACGAAUGCGACAGCAUCUCUCAAUCCUUGGCAAGAGAGAAUUACAAUGCUGACGUUUCCAAUUAUCCUGUCGAUCGCGAUACAGUUUAUCGUCUUUUCAACGUCGCAAUCAACCGCUUUGCGUGGAAGUCCUCAAGCUGUGUGCAAAAAGAGUGUAAGUUCUAGGAAAUCUCGUUACGUUCCAUACCAUGACUAUUAUCGAAAUAGACGACUGCAAUUUUUCCACCCACCGAGAUGGCGUACCAACUGGAAAAUCAAGUACUACACGUCGUGGUCAAUCGUAGAUAUAUGCUGCUUUGGUUACGACAAUGUGCAUGGUAGCUGCAUGCCACACUGUUCAUUGGGAUGCGAGAACGGCAACUGCGCCCAGCCCUUCAUGUGCGAGUGCAACAAAGGCUACACAAAGCUUAACGAUCUAUCAGGAUGCAGUCCGAUAUGCGAGAAACCCUGCAUUUUCGGAAAGUGUACCGCUCCGAACACCUGCACCUGCGACGAGGGCUUCGAGUACAACGCUGAGACCAUGACUUGCUUUCCAAAGUGUCCUUCCGGUUGCGAAAACGGGUGGUGCAUCAAACCUAACAAAUGCAUCUGCCACUUUGGUUACGCGAUGAGCGAUGACAACAAGUGUCUUCCGACAUGCAGCCACGACUGCGUAAACGGAAAGUGCAUUGAUGCCGAAGUCUGCGGCUGCGACGACGGCUUCGAACCGUCGCGACUGAACGCCUUCACCUGCGAGCCACGUUGCAGCAAAACUUGCAUCUUUGGGAACUGCACCGCACCAGAAAAGUGCACCUGUAACGAGGGCUUCGAGCUUGGUCAAGACGGUCACACGUGCAAACCGGUCUGCGGUUUCCCCUGCAACAACGGAUGGUGCGCGGCGCCUGACAUCUGCAAGUGCAAUCCGGGCUUCGAGAAGAACGAGGACGACGAGUGCGUUCCAGCCUGCAGAAUUCCCUGCGAAACGCGUUGCGUCGCUCCCGACGUCUGCAUCCCCUGCAAAGAUGGCUUCCAGCUCUUCCAACGCAGCGUAAACGAGUCCGUCUGCGAGCCGGUCUGCGAGCAGGGGUGCUUCCUCGGCACCUGCGUAGCUCCCGGAGUCUGCGCAUGUCGCGCAGGCUAUCGCCUAGCCAAUCGUACCUGCGAACCGGUCUGUGCAAGGGACUGCGAAAACGGCUUCUGCGCAGAGCCCGAUGUCUGCCGAUGCGAUCCAGGAUUCAACGAGACCCAGGACGGUCGGUGCGAGCCCGUCUGCGAGCGGCCCUGCGUCAACGGACGGUGCGUAGCACCUGACGUGUGCGAGUGUAAAGAGGGCUUCCAGCGAUCUCCGGACGACGUCUUCAGCUGCGAACCGCGGUGCGAGCCGCCCUGUGCUUUCGGCGUCUGUAUCGGACCCGGUGUCUGCGCCUGCGGCACCGGGCUUAAGCUCGAUAAUGCCACUAAAGACUGUCAGCCCGUGUGCACGAAGCCCUGUGUCAACGGGAUUUGCGAGAGUCCUGAGAGAUGCGAAUGCCUCGAGGGAUAUGAGAAGUCCGAAGUGGAGUCGAACGUCUGUCAGCCUGUAUGUGAAAAGUGCGUUAAUGGCUCCUGCGUCGCUCCAGGUCAGUGCGACUGCCAAGCUCCUUUUGUCAAGGACGAAAAGGACCCUGGAAUCUGUCGACUCACCUGCCAGCCACGCUGUAUCCAUGGCACGUGCGCUCGCGAUGCGUCAUGUCUAUGCUCUUUUGGAUGGGCAGGAAGUUCUUGCGACCAGCCGUUGUUGUGUGUCAUCGCUGAGCAAGCUCACGGCAACUCUGUUCAAGCAACGAGCAAGCUUCCGGAAUUUAAUGGAACCACGGUCACGAAUGAAAUUCUUGGAAAUGAGUGGGGCGCACCAUCUUGUCGAUCGGAAUGUUCUAGCCAGCUUGUCAACAUGACAAUCAACUCGACGAAAGCUUCCGCGGACACGGUUUAUCACUUCAUAUCCAUAGACUCAUCGUGCAACGUUGUCACCGCUCAUCGAAACUUUUCGAAAACGCACAAUAGCGCAAUAGGAGCUGGAAUUGGAGUUUUAAUAAUCGCUACCGUUGUUUGUGGCGCAUACGUUACGAGAAGAAAAUGGAAAUCGAGGCACAUGAUGAAAAGUGAAUCAACACAGUGUAUACAGUAUAAUAGCUCGGAAAAUAUCUCGGAGGAUACGUAAAUUUAAACUAUUUUCUCUAACGAAUUAUUGAAACUCAUUUAUUUAUGCCGCGUUCUAUAUUUCAUUGUGCGAAUAUAUUAACGUGGAACAUUUUAAUUUGAAACAGCUGUAAUCUGAUCAGAAAAAGGCGACGCAAUGUGUUUUAUGAUUAAGUGUAAGAAUGGUAGUCUACAGUCUUAUAUACUAUUCGUAAAAUUAUCACAUCGAAGUAAUUCCUUACGUGAAUAAAAUUGUGGCCAUGGGCUUUUUUGGUGCAAA